AUGACGACGACUCCACUCCUCGUCGCUGACAAUCUAGGUCAAUCAUCGUCCUUCACCAGUUGGGUUCGCACUCUGCUCGGAUCGCAGACUCCGGGACUUCGCGAUUGGUUCUUGUUCGAAUUAGAGCCUGGAAGACGGAAGCCAGCAGGAGGGAGAGGGACCUGGCACCGGCGGCAUGAUAAUGGCGAGCUCCGCGGCCACGAUUGGGCUGGCGGUGGCCAAUCGGGUCCUGUACAAGCUAGCCCUAGUUCCGAUGAAGGAUUACCCUUUCAUCCUCUCUCAAUUCACUCGAUUGAUAAUAUGAGAAAAGGAUUUUCUGAUAAAUAA